AUGGACGACCAACAGCGCGCCGUUGUCGUCGGCAUCAGCGGCUGCUCGUCGAGCGGAAAGACGACGCUGGCCAGGCUGCUGCGAGACAUGUUUCCUGGCACUUUUAUUCUCCACCAAGAUGACUUUUACAAGACCGAAGAUCAACUCCCCAUGAAAGAGGGCCUCCUGGACUGGGACUGCCCAGAAGCCAUAUCGGUGCCGGACAUGGAGCAGUGCCUGGCCCAUAUCCGCUCCACGGGUGCCUUCCCAGUCAGUCUCACCACGAGUUCCUCUCCCCCUCUAUCCCAGCGCGCCGACCACGGCUGCUGCCCUCCACCCCCCACCCCCUUGAAUACUGCUACUGCUACUCCUGCCAGCUCAUCACUCACCACCGCUCUCCCACCCUCGCCCCCAGCCCUGCAGACAGCCCUAGUCGACUCCAAAGAGGACCAGAACAGUGUCGGCGCCUGCCCGGCUGCGCCCGAGCGCAUCGCCGCCGCCGCCGCCCGAGUCCAAGCCUGGCUGCGCCCCGGCCAGCCCGGGUCCCUCGUCUUCUCCCCACCUACAUCAUCUAAGUCGCCGUCGCCGCCUCCGCCCAAGGUCUGCCUCUUGGACGGCUUCCUGCUCUACUCGCCCGACACGGCGGUGCGCGCCAUCAUGUCGGCCAUCGACAUCAAGCUGUUCCUGCUGGUCAGCCGCGCCAAGGCCACGCGCCGCCGCGAGGCCCGCGACGGCUACGUGACGCUCGAGGGCUUCUGGAAGGACCCCCCGGGCUACGUCGACAAGAUUGUGUGGCCCAACUACGCCGCCGCCCACGCCUGGCUGUUUGCCGGCGGCGACGUCGAGCGCGGCGUGCUCGACCCCGACGCCGCCGCGCGCUACGGCAUCUUGGUGCCUGGCAUUCAGCAGGGCGUCGCUGCCACAGGUGAAGGGGGAGCGAGCGAUGGGGGCGUAGAUGUGGAUGUGGACUUUGCCGACAUCCUCGACUGGGCCGUCGACACGCUGAUGCGCAAGCUCGAGGAGGUUGUGUUGGGUAUGUCGAGUUGA